ACUCAUUCAAUCCUGGAUUUUUCACAGGACUUCGUUGAUCCACCGGUCGUGCCCAAGGACGACUUACUGUACCUUCAAAAAGAACUCGAAGAACAUCUGAGCAAAGCAGAGGACGCAGUAUACUCAGACGGAAACCACGCAGAGGGAUUGAACGGUGGUGUUAUCAAGUCCAGCGAUUUAAUUCCACAGAGUAUUUUCAGUGAGCAAUCGGAUUCACCUACUCCUUCUAUAGAAGAAGACUAUCUACCACCUGCCCCUCCCCCGGAAAAGUCCUACACCUCUGUUCACGGAGAGGAAGAGGAGUUCCAAGAACACGACCUCCCAGAGAUCCCACAUCAAGAAGAAGUGCCUACAUCCGAGUUCACCCCUGGAUCUACUAACGAAGAAAAGGUCUCUCAAGACAAAGAAAUACAUAACGAAGAAGGGGGCACAUUAGAAUCUACUCCUAAACACUGUCAAGGAGAAAUUCCGGUAUUGGAGCAUUCAGAUCUGGAGCAAACUCCAGACCAUCUUGAAUUGGAAACAUCCAAAGGGGUUAACGAAGAAGGAUUUGAUAAGUUCAAACCGGAGAGCCAGGAACCAUAUACCGAAGGUGUUGGAUAUUGUGGACAAGGAAGACAGGAAAUCGCCGAAGAAGAAUUCGGACACGAGGAUCACUUUGAAAAACUACCAGAAACCUUCCCUCUCGAAGAAUACACAUUUGAAAACCAGGAGUCAAAGCUAGAACAAGAACAAGAAGAACCUGAACGUCAGGGAUCUUUUGAAAAUCAAGCUCAUCAAGAAAGUUUCGUACCAGAGACUGAGGAUUUUAUUCACGACCCGCCGGUAGAACAACCACCAAAUCCGCUUCCUCUUCCUGAGCUCCUUCACGCAAGCGAAGAAUUCAGUCAAGCAGAUCCAGUUUUAGAGAGUCCAGUCGGCCACAUGGAAACACCAGAAGACAUAGGAUUGCUAGAUAAUGCCCACUUGAGUUUGGUUGGAAGGGUAGACCAACUUGCAGCGGAAAAGCACGAAACCACUCCUUUACACUAUACGGAAGGUGAUGAUGCAGGUGAAGUAACGAUAGCAGACUUUGAACAAGAGGCCUCUCUGUCUUCAAGGGAGCAUAAUCUCGAGGAAAAUAGAUAUGUCGCUGAUACAUUCGGUGUUGUCAUCAGUGAAAAUCAAUUGCCGCCUCAACAACCGGUGAUGAAGGCUGCAGAGCCUGUUUUCGAGGAGGCGAAACCCACCUUCGAGGAGAUCAAACGGGACCUGGAAAAGAAAAACAUUGUCGGAUCCUUGCAAGCUCAGCCUCCACAAAGUCACCAUAGGGCUGGAUUAUCUGAUAUGGAACCAACCAACCAAGGUGGCAAUUAUUCAGAAAGGAAUAUAGGUGCUCAUAUGAACGGAUCAAGCUAUGCAUCCCACCGACCCCCUAGUGGUCAAAUGGGGUCAACUGACAAUACGAUAAGCCGUGCAGGCGGAAGUCGUGAGGGUAGGGGAAAUGCCCCGGCUGGAAUUGCCCAGGUCAGACAAACCCUUGCCCUGCCUGACCUUCAGCUUAGUCAUGUGACCGUCUUCACAGAUAGAGCGGAAUUGGUCCGAACAAUCACGCCUGUCUUCAAAGCUGGAGAGAUUGUGGAGAUGCUCUUUGAAAAUGUCUCCUCUGCAAUCGACAAGGACUCAAUCAGAGUUGAACUGCGCGGUGCCGCCACAAUUCUUGACGUUGCCUAUAGUGCCCGCACAAUUCCCCAUCUUGAGGAGACUUGGACUCAAAAGAUUUGGGACUUGCAGACCGAGUUGCGGCAAUGCCAUCGGCAAAUUGAGGCUCUAAAUGGUCGUCUGGCGCGCUUAGAGAAGCAACGCAGUGUUCUUGAUACAUUCGCUGAUGGAAUGACAAAGAAAACUGAGGAAGAAGUCUUCGCUGCUGCUCUACCUCAACAACCACCUCCUCUACCUCAGCACGAUAAGAAACAUGACAAACAUAGUAAGAAGUUACAAUUGGAAGACAACUACGCUGGAACUCUAGCGAAGAGAUCAAUGUCUGAGUUGAAUAAUCAGGCCAAUCCAUAUGAUCCAACUCACAUGGAUACUCUUCAACGCUUCUUAACCAUGUAUGAAGAUCAAGCUGAACGUUUGGAUAGUAGUCUUCUGUCGUCAAAGGAGGAGUUAGACAGAACUCGUGAUCGUGCUGAACAGAUUGAAAAGGAGUUGGCUGUUCUCGAGAAACGCCAAGACAACAACCUGGUUCGCACUCCCCAAUCAACUUUAGUCAAUGCGUCCUCUGCAUCUUCCUCUCUCUCCCGCCCACCACGGCCUGUGUCUGCAGCUUCACGUUGUAAGACGCCACGUCUGCUUCCCAGCGCACCGAAUGCACACCCUCCUCACAACGAAAACGGCUCUCAUACUCAAGAGGCUCUGAUGGAAUCUAAACGACAGAAGAAGACUGGAAAGUACGAUUCUUCACCGGCUGUAACGCGCAAACCCCCGCCUAUACCACCUCAAUCACCUCCUAUAGAUAGAAUGUAUCCAUCGCCAAAUGCUGCGUAUAUUCCAGAAGAGGAUGUGGCUAUUAUUGGCAACUACUUGGUGGCCACUCUGCCAAGGUCUCGUACAUCCUCGAUGUCGCAAGAUAACACGAGGUUAAGGAGGUCGAAUUCAAGGAACAGAGCAUCAAUUUUUGAUGAGUCCCCUCGUGUGGGCUCUACUCCUAUGAACACUUUGCAACGGGCUACGAGUUAUGAAACUGGAGGUGCAACUCUUCGCAAUUCAUCAAUCAGCCGUGCCGCCUCAAGACAAGCUCUUGGGACGAGUCUGUUCAUGAGUGCAGCGCCUCCGGGCGAACUUCAAAAUACUCCAGUUGGAAAGGCGGCUCCCGCUUCGAUUCAAUCUGUUGCUACAGUGAUCUUUGAGGUUCCAAGGCCUCCAGUGCUGGUGCCUUGCAAUGAAGAGGAAAUUCGUGUCACGGUGGGUCUAAUUGACCUUCAACCUACCUACGACUACGUCACUGUCCCCAAACGAUCUCUCUCCGCCUUCCUCAAAGCUCAUGUCAAGAACUCAAGCAAUUUCUACAUUCUACCUGGGCAGACUAACAUCUACUCAGACAAUACCUUCAUUGGCAAGUCUGAGCUUGGAGCUGUAGCUCCAGGAGAAGAUCUUUCAUGUGAUCUUGGUGCGGAAUCUGGAAUUGAAGUGGUCUAUCGACCCAUGUUCAAGUCGAAGGAGAAUGCUUCCGGACAGAAGGCCACAGUGAGCUUCAAACAAGUUAUCGAUGUUCGCAACACUUUCCAACGACCUGUUCGCGUCAUGGUCGUAGACCAACUACCUUCCAGUGGUGAAGAUAAAAUCAAGGUGAGCCUAAUUGAACCAAAUAUCAAGAAUCCUGAGAAGUACGACAGAAAGAAGCCGAUUCGAAUGAAUAAGAAUCACAACAUUGAGUGGGAUCUUGACCUUCAUGCUGGAGAAACAAAGGAAGUUGUAUUGCGCUACAAUGUGGAGUACCCAGCCGUAGAAGAGUUAGAGGUCAGUGUUGCCGAGGAAUAA